UCCAGCAAAUUAAAUCUCCUAAUACCCAAUCCCUCAAAUGUGGUGCGCUACGGAUGGGUGGUAUUAGCCGCGAUAAACCUGGGAUCUGGUAUAUAAUGUUGGUUUGUGCGCCGAAUGGGCGAAAGGGGUGAAUUUGAUGGACUGGAAGAUGGGGCAAGCUGCAAUCUUGCCCUGCAGGAGCGGGGGUACCUACGUCAUGGAGCUCUAUGAGUGGUUUAGAAAGUUCAUAAACGAGUGUCCGAGCGGACAGAUCACGCUCCACGAGUUCCGCAGGCACUUCUGCGACGGGACGGUGGGCACGGAGUCCGCUGAGUACGCCGAGCAGAUAUUUCGGACCCUGGACAACAACGGGGACGGGGUGGUGGACUUCCGGGAGUACGUGACGGCCAUCAGCAUGCUGGUGGAGGGCUCCCCGAUGGAAAAGCUGCGCUGGUCCUUCAAGCUGUACGACAAAGAUAAAGACGGCACCAUAACCCGGGCGGAGAUGCUGGAGAUCAUGCAGGCGGUGUACAAGAUGAGCGUGGCGGCCUCCAUCACCCAGCCCAACCCCCUCACAGCGGAGGAAUGCACGAACAGGAUAUUCGUCCGCCUGGACAAAGACAAAAAUGCCGUCAUCACGUUGGAUGAGUUCAUCGAGGGCGCGCUGGACGACGAGUGGAUCAGAGAGAUGUUGGAGUGUGAUCUCCACACUGUGAAAGUGGAGAGGCCCCUGAAGAGCCCGGGGCCCCCCUAGCACUCUAUCUGCUCCUGUAGCUCGGGGCCCCCCUAGCACCCUAUCUGCCCCUGUAGCCCGGGGCCCCUCUACUGCCCUAUCUGCUCCUGUAGCCCAGACACCUCUACUGCCCUAUCUGCCCCUGCAGCCCGGGGCCCCUCUACUGCCCUAUCUGCCCCUGUAGCCCGGGGCCCCUCUACUGCCCUAUCUGCUCCUGUAGCUCGGGGCCCCUCUAGCACCCUAUCUGCUCCUGUAGCUCGGGGCCCCUCUAGCACCCUAUCUGCCCCUGUAGCCCAGGCCCCUCUAGUCCCAUAUCUGCUCCUGUAGCCCAAUCCCCCCUACUGCCCUAUCUGCUCCUGUAGCUCGGGGCCCCUCUAGCACCCUAUCUGCUCCUGUCGCCCGGGGCCCCUCUACUGCCCUAUCUGCUCCUGUAGCUCGGGGACCCUCUAGUGCCCCAUCUGCCCCUGUAGCCCAGGCCCCUGUAGUGCCCCAUCUGCUCCUGUAGCCCAGGGCCCUCUAGUGCCCUAUCUGCUCCUGUAGCUCGGGGCCCCUCUAGUGCCCUAUCUGCCCCUGUAGCCCAAUCCCCCCUACUGCCCUAUCUGCUCCUGUAGCCCAGGCCCCUCUAGUGCCCUAUCUGCUCCUGUAGCCCAGGGCCCCUCUACUGCCCUAUCUGCUCCUGUAGCCCAAUCCCCUCUAGUGCCCUAUCUGCUCCUGUAGCCCAGGGCCCCUCUACUGCCCUAUCUGCUCCUGUAGCCCAAUCCCCUCUAGUGCCCUAUCUGCUCCUGUAGCUCAGGGCCCUUCUAGCGGAUGUACAGUAUGCUAUUAUUGUAAAUCACUCUGCAUAAGAACACAUGCUAAAUUAACCCCUUCAUGCAGACGCUAAAUCUGGCACCUUCCCCCAUUUAUGUAGUUUUUAUGUGUAUUUAUGGCCUAUUUACGGCUUUAUAACUUCAUGUGAGAAUCAUAGAGAAAAUGGCUUAAGUGAAGCAUGACAUCUGUACCAUUUGUAAUACUAACUUACAUCAUGUAUACUUUUAGUUGUUCUCUUUUAGUUUGAAAUGAAAUGCUAAGAAAUCACAUAUAUAAAGCAGGUACGUAAAACUCCACAUGAUGUCAGAUGUGUAAUUCACCAUUUCUUAGCCAUAGGAAGCUUCAAAGUGUUCGGCCAGCAAAGCCUGGAGAUAAGACAUGGCAGGAACUGAGGGUUACUAUCUGAGGUGUGAAUGUGUGUGUCUGCCACGCGUGAGUGUGUGUGUGUGCCUGCGUGUGAGUGUGUGUGUGUGUCAGAGGGGGUGUCCAUGCCCCUGCCCUCUCAUCUUUUCCACUAGUUCAAAUAUGCAGCUUUCUUUUAGUUUCCAGUUAGUUUUUGAGGGAAGGAAGAAGUCUUGUAACAAGAGUCUUGCAUCUUGGUCUAGGAUUCUACAUUUCAUCUCUAGUUCCUUUGGAAUAUUCUGCUGUCUUUUGUUUUUUGCCUUUUGGAUUACUUUGGGACAAAAGCUGUGGUUUGGCAUCUUCUCUCAUUCAUUUCUUGUGUGACUGUCCAUGUCUGUAACCUGUGCUAAUUGUAUUAAGGUAGAUGAACCUCGUCUUUAGAUUAGACGUGAAUAUUUGUAACUUAAUAAAUUUCUUAGUUUCAAUCUGGUUGUGAGUCGUACAUUUUGAUAAAGGUUGAUCCAAACUGUUUGCACCUCCUAUCAGCGAAUUCGGUGAUUUGAUUGACAAUUCAUGUAUUUGAUAAUAAUAAAGUAAGUGAGGUGUUUUAACGGUUGAUACACUUGGUUGGUGUUCAGU